AUGGGUUGUGAUGGAGGUACUAUACCACGCCGCGACGAACUCGUACGAUUGAAAAAGAAACCAGAACAGAAAGAUAAAGAUGCUGAACGCUCCUUCAAAUGGCGUAAUUGCGCUCUUUCGCAACAACCCUUGCAAGAACCAAUAGUUGCUUGUGGCUUAGGUCGACUUUACAGUAAGAGCUCUGUGUUGGAGGCUUUGCUGGACAAGGAAUCUAAACCAGAGUGUAUCAGUCACAUCAAAAACUUGAAGGAUGUCUGCAAUCUGAAACUCAUCAACAACCCCGCAUAUAAGAAGACAGAGCACACCGAGGGUGCCGUCGGAGACAGUUCACCAUACAUCUGUCCCAUCAGCGGCUUGGAAAUGAGCGGCAAGUUCAGAUUCGUGUUCCUAUGGAACUGUGGCUGUGUGCUGGCGGAAAGAGCUCUGAAGGAGGUCAAACAGAACCUGUGUCAUAUGUGUCAACAACCAUUCACAGACAAUGAUGUGGUUGUGCUCAAUGGAUCUGAAGAAGACCUUGAACAGUUAAAAGAAAAGAUGGCAGUACGAGUUUCUAAUAGAAAAACUAAGAAGCCUAAAACAGGAAAAGUAGAAACGGAAGUGAAAAUUGAACCUCCUUCACCAGCUAUAUCAUCAGAAGCACCAUCAACCUCAACCUCAAAAGAUGUAACGUCUCAAGAUGAGGCUAAGGUUAAAAAGGAAUUAGACACGAUUCCAUUAGCAUUACCAAAGUUUAACCCCAACAAACAACAGAGAGGUCACUUCGGUUCCACCAAAAGGGCACAUCCGACCCAACUACAGCAGGACCCCUCAUACAAAAAGACCAAGAAAGAUUACAGCAUCGCCAAAGAUCCUCAAAGCAGUGAAGUAUACAAAUCUAUAUUUACAUCACACAAGAGUGAAAAAGAUCAACAAAGAGCUCAUUGGGUCACGUACAACCCAUUCUAUAAUUAA